AUGUCACCGAUAGUUUUUCAUCUUCUCUUUGUCUUCUCUGUGCUUUUAGUCAUUCCAUCAUAUUCUCUGCUACAGGAAAAUCUCACACCUGCAUCAUCUGAGCAACUAAAGAUCUUCAUAGUAUGGAAGGGUACUUGUGAGGAGGGAACUGAUUUUCCAAAAACAUUAUGCAACCGGAAGCUCAUUGGUGCUCGAGCAUUUUAUAAAGGUCUCGAGGAUCAUCUCAAACACAGGGUCGAUCAAAAUGGUACAGAAACUAGAUCACCCAGCGAUACCAAUGGACAUGGUACACACUGUGCAGGAACUGCAGCUGGAUCUUCCGUUAACAAAGCCGGGUCUCAUGAUUAUGCUGUUGGAGAAGCGAAAGGGAUGGCAGGUAGAGCUAGGAUUGCUUCUUACAAGAUUUAUUGGGGUGAAUUAGGUGGAGAUUUAAGUGAUCUCCUAGCUGCUGGUAAUCAAGCUGUGGAGGAUGGAGUUGAUGUGAUGUCUAUGUCAGUAGCUGAUGGCGGAAAUAAAGAACUUCGAGAUGCGUUUGCUCAAUUAACCUUUGGUUUAAUGCAGCAAGGAAUUUUUGUUUCUAUGUCCGGUGGAAAUGAGGGACCUGGUCCAAAAACGUGCGAAAAUCUAACACCUUGGAUAAUGACUGUUGGAGCAUCGACUAUGGAUAGGGAGCUUCGCGCCGAUUUGGUUUUGGGUGAUGGUCAAGUUAUUCCAGGUACUUCACCGUUUUUAGACAAUGCAGAAAUGAACGACAGUUACUCAGAAAUUAUUUAUGGCGAUAACAGUGACAGCCAAUCUUGUUUAGAAGGAUCAUUAAGUUCUGGGGAAGUUUCCGGGAAAAUUGUAGUUUGUGACUGUACUGAUUCAGAUAAAGCUGGUUAUCAAGUGAUUGAAGUUGAAAGUGCCGGUGGCGUUGGAAUGAUUGUUAUUUGUAAUAAACCGGCGAAGCAAUUAAGGACUUCCGAUGUCUUUCCAUCAGUUCCAGCAGUGGAGGUCAGUGAUACUCAUAGAUCUAAGAUUCUAGACUAUAUCAAGCGUAACCGUGUUAAGGUUGAAAAACCUACUGCUACAAUCAAUCUCCUAGGAACUGUAAUCGGUUCUUCUUUGUUUCCGGCGCCUAAAGUUGCAGAAUUUUCUAGCCGUGGUCCGAAUAAAAUAACACCAGAAAUUCUCAAACCAGAUAUCAUCGCGCCAGGCGUAAACAUUUUGGCUGCUAAGGCUGGCUAA